AUGGUUGUCACCGUGCCAGUGAGAGGCGAUGUUCUGAUGGCCGCAAGUUAUAACAAGAGCAACUUCACAAGCGGCGGAUACGGAGACGUGCUUAAGCGUGGGUUCGAGUUGGAAUGGAGCUGUAUCACAGAGGAUGGGUGUCACCUGUGCGAGGCGUCGAACGGGCAAUGCGCCUAUAGCCAGCACAGGGAAUUCCUGGGCUGCUUGUGCGACGGAGGGAAGGCGGGCAGCCCUGACUGCAAACGAUCAAGAUCAAAACGGAAAACAGCAAUUAUUGCUGGUAUUGUUGCAGGCAUGUUGUCACUUCUAUUCCUGUGUCUAGUUAUUCUCAAAUUCUUCUCUGCUUCUAAAGAUGGUUUGCUGCCCUUCAAAUCAAAGGACGAACCAAGGGUUGAAUCAUUUCUACAAAAGAACGGGAACCUACAUCCGAAAAGAUACACUUAUGCAGAUGUUAAAAGAAUGACGAAAUCCUUUGCUAUGAAGCUAGGCCAAGGUGGAUUUGGUGCUGUAUACAGAGGCAACCUCCAUGAUGGCCGCCAGGUAGCGGUUAAGAUGCUGAAGGACACCAAAGGUGAUGGUGAGGAAUUUAUGAACGAGGUGGCUAGUAUUAGCAGAACUUCUCAUGUCAAUGUUGUGACACUUUUAGAAUUUUGCUUGCAAGGAUCCAAAAGGGCACUUAUUUACGAGUACAUGCCUAAUGGUUCGCUUGAAAGGUAUGCCUUCAAUAGCAACAUGAAUAGUGGAAAUUCACUAAGUUGGGAUAAAUUAUUUGACAUAGCAAUUGGCACGGCCAGAGGAGUUGAAUAUCUCCACCGGGGAUGCAACACUCGGAUCGUGCAUUUUGACAUCAAACCACAUAACAUCCUAUUAGAUCAGGAUUUCUGUCCUAAGAUCUCUGACUUUGGAUUGGCCAAGCUAUGCCUGAAUAAAGAGAGUGCUAUCUCCAUUGCUGGUGCAAGAGGGACAAUAGGUUAUAUUGCCCCAGAGGUUUACUCAAAGCAAUUCGGAAUAAUAAGUAGCAAGUCUGAUGUGUAUAGUUAUGGAAUGAUGGUCCUUGAGAUGGUUGGGGCAAGGGACAGGAAUACAAGUGGAAAUAGUGAAUCUAGUAGUCAAUAUUUCCCUCAGUGGAUUUAUGAACAUUUGGAUGACUACUGUAUCAGUGCUUCUGAGAUUAAUGGUGAGAUGACAGAGCUCGUGAGAAAGAUGAUAGUGGUUGGUUUGUGGUGCAUACAAGUGAUUCCGACUGAUCGGCCAACAAUGACUAGAGUCGUCGAGAUGCUGGAAGGAAGCACAAGUAAUCUGGAAUUGCCACCCAAAGUUCUCUUGAGCUGA